AUGACAAUUCAUGUUAUAGGAAAACAUUUAGCGCAGCGUACUUUAAAUGAAUUCCCUGCUGCUACAGAUGAGAAAGUGAAAGAGUUAGUGCCAGUAAAAUCAAAUAGCAGCUGUAUGAAAUUAAUUCUACAUUCGUGUGAAACAGUCGGCGUAUACGUUGUUGAUAGUGUACCUGUGAUGAUAAAAAUAGGCGAUGUUUUGGUGCCUACUGUAUGUGCUCUAUGGAAAGUGCCUGACCUCCUACCGACCCUCAUCAUUCAUUCUCCGGUGUUACCUAAGCUUGCAGGGAGUGCACCACUAUAUGCGCCGGGGGUAACAUUAGGAGAUCCAGUAAAAUUCCCAUGCUUUUCCUGUGGGUCUCUUAUUGCUGCUGCUACAGUUGACAAUUGCGCUGCCGGCGCUGUGGGUCGUGCUGAUAUUUCCUCUUCAGAUCUGUUGAGGACUAAUAUAAUUGGAUUUAGAAGACACAGUUAUCACAGGAAAGGCACAGCUCUAUCGGCGGCAAAUGUUCGGUCUAUUCUUACCGAACAUGUGAAGACGAGAGGACUUAACAGCACACAGCAGCGAGGAGCCGUUGCGCUGGACCCACUGCUGGCGAAGAUUACUGGACAACAGGAACAGGCUACGUAG